AUGACCACGACUCCAGUCAGGGAAUGUUGUGGCUUUGCCCUUCUAUCCUUCCCCCCAACACCAGGCUUUGCCCCUCUAUCCUGCCCCCCACCACCAGGAUUUUCCCAGGCAUCAUGCCCCCCAACACCAGGCCUUGCCCCUCUAUCAUGCCCCCCACCACCAGGGUUUGCCCAUCUAUCCUGCCCCCCACCACCAGGCUUUGCCCAGGCAUCCUGCCCCCCACAAUCAGGCUUUAUCCCGGCGUCAUGCCCCCCACCACCAGGCUUUCCCCCGGCCUCUUGCCACCCACCACUCACUAUCGCAGAUCAUAUCUGCACUCUAAUUCAGAGCAUCACUGCCAGAUCCAACAACAUCGUCAACAAGGAGCUGGAGAAGUGUAUCGACUCUUAUAGUAAGAGCAUCUGGGCUGACACUUUCUACUGCGAGUACAUGAAGAUGUACCCAUCACCCCAGGGGAUUGAAGCCUUCUCAUUUGAUGAGGAGAGAUUUUUAGUGGUGGCCAACAUAAUCGGCAGAAUAUUGCUGAACAAUCUCCAGCUAGAGAUGCUCCUCUCAGUGGAAGACUUUAAUGUGGAUGAAGUAGGGAGCAGUGGGUCUGUGGACUUGAACCUGGCGAUCCCAGAGACCGCUAACCCUGUCAAAGUGGUAGACAUCACAACACCCCUGACCACUAAUCCAGUCAACCUUGAGGUUUUGGAUGAAACACUUGUCCUUCAGUCAGGCUUUUCCCCGGCACACUGCACCCCGCCACCUGAAUUUGCCCCAACACCCUGCACUCCACCCCCAGGCUUUGCCCUGACAACCUACACCUCGUCGCCAAGCUUUGUCGCUAAUGCCAUGCAGGGCUUUGGCACCAAAGUCAUCCUGAAACAAAUGGUCCUGCUAUUCUUGGAGAGGCUCCCUCCUUCGUCAGAGGACCUUGAGUCAGAGUUCCUGACUAUCACCGAUCGUAUCUGCACGCUGUUUCAAAGCAUCACUGCCAGAUUCCGCAACAUCGUUAAUGAGGAGCUGGAGAAGUGUACCGACUCUGACAGUAAGAAGUACUGGGCUUACACCUUCUACUGGGAGUAUAUGAAGAGGUACCCAUCAUCCCAGUGUCUGGGGAUUGAAGCCUUCACAUGUGAUGAGGAGAGAUGUUUAGUGGUGGCCAAAGUGUUUGCAAAGAAGAUGUGCCCCAAGAUGCUCCCCUCAGCAGCAGACUUCGACGAGGCUGAAGAUUCAGGGAGCAAUGGAUCUGUGGACUUGAACCUGGCGAUCCCAGAGACCGCUAACCCUGUCAAAGUGGUAGACAUCACAACACCCCUGACCACUAAUCCAGUCAACCUUGAGGUUUUGGAUGAAACACUUGUCCUUCAGUCAGGCUUUUCCACGGCACACUGCACCCCACCACCAGGCUUUUCCCCGGCACCCUGCACCCCACCAACAGAAUAUUCCCCAGCACUCUGCAUUCCACCCCCAGGCUUUGCCCUGGCAACCUGCACCUCGUCGCCAAGCUUUGCCGCUAAUGCAAUGCAGGGCUUUGGCAGGAAAGUCAUCCUGAAACAAAUGGUCCUUCUAUUCUUGGAGAGGCUCCCUCCUGCGUCAGAGGACCUUGAGUCAGAGUUCCUGACUAUCACUGAUCGUAUCUGCACGCUGUUUCAAAGCAUCACUGCCAGAUUCCGCAACAUCGUUAAUGAGGAGCUGGAGAAGUGUACCGACUCUGACAGUAAGAAGUACUGGGCUUACACCUUCUACUGGGAGUAUAUGAAGAGGUACCCAUCAUCCCAGUGUCUGGGGAUUGAAGCCUUCACAUGUGAUGAGGAGAGAUGUUUAGUGGUGGCCAAAGUGUUUGCAAAGAAGAUGUGCCCCAAGAUGCUCCCCUCAGCAGCAGACUUCGACGAGGCUGAAGAUUCAGGGAGCAAUGGAUCUGUGGACUUGAACCUGGCGAUCCCAGAGACCGCUAACCCUGUCAAAGUGGUAGACAUCACAACACCCCUGACCACUAAUCCAGUCAACCUUGAGGUUUUGGAUGAAACACUUGUCCUUCAGUCAGGCUUUUCCACGGCACACUGCACCCCACCACCAGGCUUUUCCCCGGCACCCUGCACCCCACCAACAGAAUAUUCCCCAGCACUCUGCAUUCCACCCCCAGGCUUUGCCCUGGCAACCUGCACCUCGUCGCCAAGCUUUGCCGCUAAUGCAAUGCAGGGCUUUGGCAGGAAAGUCAUCCUGAAACAAAUGGUCCUUCUAUUCUUGGAGAGGCUCCCUCCUGCGUCAGAGGACCUUGAGUCAGAGUUCCUGACUAUCACUGAUCGUAUCUGCACGCUGUUUCAAAGCAUCACUGCCAGAUUCCGCAACAUCGUUAAUGAGGAGCUGGAGAAGUGUACCGACGCUGACAGUAUGCAGUACUGGGCUUACACCUUCUACUGGGAGUAUAUAAAGAGGUACCCAUCAUCCCAGUGCCUGGGGAUUGAAGCCUUCACAUGUGAUGAGGAGAGAUGUUUAGUGGUGGCCAAAUUGUUUGCAAAGAAGAUGUGCCCCAAGAUGCUCCCCUCAGCAGCAGACGUCGACAAGGCUGAAGAUUCAGGCAGCAAUGGAUCUGUGGACUUGAACCUGGCAAUCCUAGAGACCGCUAACCCUGUCAAAGUGGUAGACAUCACAACACCCCUGACCACUAAUCCAGUCAACCUUGAGGUUUUGGAUGAAACACUUGUCCUUCAGUCAGGCUUUUCCACGGCACACUGCACCCCACCACCAGGCUUUUCCCCGGCACCCUGCACCCCACCAACAGAAUUUUCCCCAGCACUCUGCAUUCCACCCCCAGGCUUUGCCCUGGCAACCUGCACCUCGUCGCCAAGCUUUGCCGCUAAUGCAAUGCAGGGCUUUGGCAGGAAAGUCAUCCUGAAACAAAUGGUCCUUCUAUUCUUGGAGAGGCUCCCUCCUGCGUCAGAGGACCUUGAGUCAGAGUUCCUGACUAUCACUGAUCGUAUCUGCACGCUGUUUCAAAGCAUCACUGCCAGAUUCCGCAACAUCGUUAAUGAGGAGCUGGAGAAGUGUACCGACGCUGACAGUAUGCAGUACUGGGCUUACACCUUCUACUGGGAGUAUAUAAAGAGGUACCCAUCAUCCCAGUGCCUGGGGAUUGAAGCCUUCACAUGUGAUGAGGAGAGAUGUUUAGUGGUGGCCAAAUUGUUUGCAAAGAAGAUGUGCCCCAAGAUGCUCCCCUCAGCAGCAGACGUCGACAAGGCUGAAGAUUCAGGCAGCAAUGGAUCUGUGGACUUGAACCUGGCAAUCCUAGAGACCGCUAACCCUGUCAAAGUGGUAGACAUCACAACACCCCUGACCACUAAUCCAGUCAACCUUGAGGUUUUGGAUGAAACACUUGUCCUUCAGUCAGGCUUUGUCCCGGCACCCUGCAUUCCACCCCCAGGCUUUUCCCCAGCACCCUGCAUUCCACCCCCAGGAUUUUCCCCAGCACCCUGCAUUCCACCCUCAGGCUUUCCCCUGACAUCCUGCACCGCAUCGCCAAGCUUCGCCGCUAAUGCCAUGCAGGGCUUUGGCACGAAAAUCAUCCUGAAACAAAUGGUCCUGCUAUUCUUGGAGAGGCACCCUCCUAUAUCAGACGACCUUGAGUCAGAGUUCCUCACUAUUGCCGAUCAUAUCUGCACGCUGUUUCAAAGCAUCACUGACAGAUUCGGCAACAUCGUUAAUGAGGAGCUGGAGAAGUGUACCGACUCUGACAGUAAGCAGUACUGGGCUUACACCUUAGACUGGGAGUACAUGAAGAGGUGCCCAUCAUCCCAGUGCCUGGGGAUUGAAGCCUUCACAUGUGAUGAGGAGAGAUGUUUAGUGUUGGCCACCUUGUUUGCAAAGAAAUUGUACCCCAAGAUGUUCCUCUCAGCAGCAGACGUCGACAAGGCUGAAGAUUCAGGGAGCAAUGGAGUAAGCAAGGGUUAUUAA